AUGAGCUCCAGAAACAACUACACCUUCGCCAACCAAUGUUCUAUUCCAUCUCCACUCGACAAGCAGCUUCCUGCCUUCUUCCGCUCCUGGGACGAUCCCAAUUCCAGUCAUGAUUAUCUCAAUCUCUUCGCACCGGAAGGUCAAUUAGUCUACGGUACAACGACCACAGGCCGGGAAGCAAUCCGCGCUUUUCGCGACGCCAUGAUCCAUCCCAUCAACGGGCCCAUCGUGGACCUUGAGCACACUUUGGUAAAGUUUUAUGUUCUCGCGGGCGGAGCUGAGAAGGGAAAGAAGGAGGUUAUAGUUAAGGGGUCGCUGUGGUAUAAGCUGCGAAAUGGCCGGAAGAUUGAUUUCGAUUUUGCUUCUGCCAUCAAGUUCGCGGAUCCGGGAGAUGGAAAAGAUCUGCAGGCAGAAUUUUAUGAGGUCUUCGUAGAUUCUCAUGAGUUGGUUACAGCGAUCAAGGAGAUGAACGAGGCGGAGAAGUAG